AUGGCUCCUCAACACAGAGACUACUGCUGCUGCUGCAUUCCCCUCCGCUUCGCAGUCUUCAUCAUCUCCUUGAUUGCUCUCGCUCUUGGUGGUUUCAACCUCUGGUCCGUCUUGAGAGUGGCCAAUGCUGAUCAAACCUCAAAAAUCGCUGGGUACGUUGCUACCGGUGUCUACGGUCUCGUAGGUGUCAGCGGCAUGCUGAGUGUGAUGUGCAAGGUCUACUCCUUGGCCAAGAACUUUUCCGUCCUCUGGUGGACCACAACCAUCAUUGUCACCAUCCUCAACAUCAUCACCGUCAUCGUUCUCGCCACCUCCCAGAAGGAGAAUGCUCGCGAUGUCUGCCGCACUUCGAUCAUCAACGACAACACACUCUACAACCCCUCGACUCUCGAGGACGAUGUCGACACUUGCUACAGACUCGCCCUCAUCAUUGCUGGUGUUGCCUUAGCUGUGGAGACCACCAUCAUGUCCCUCUGCGGCUGGGUUGCUAGCCGCUACACUGGCGAGGUCAAGCACAUGCAUGACCAUGAGUUCAACACCCAGGCUCAGAUCCAGAUGGCUUACCCAAAGGCUUAA